UGGAGCUGAGCAGUGAGCAAUAGUGCGCUGGAUGUGGGAUAUCGAGUGGGUUCUGCAGCAGAACCAGAUCAGAUGGCAGAUUCACUGAGAAGUGAGAGACAUGUGGAAGAGGACAGACCAAAGUGAAGAUCUACAUUUUAGAGGGAUCUGGACUGACUGCCUCUGAAUUCUCCUAGUUCUGGAUGGCUGCCCUCAUUUUGUUUUGAGGGCCCAAAUUCAUCUCCAGAGCUUCACCGAAGUGCUUCUGAUCCACUGGACACCAGCUGAGUGAUAACGUUUGCAACGUUUGACAGAAGCCAGUGUGAAUGAAUCAGGCGGAGAGAUGAAGAUCCUCUCCAGUGGUUUCCUUUCCUGCCUCAGGAGGAUAGAGUGGUUCUACCCUUAGCAGGAGAGAAGAAGUGGACCAAGGAUCAAGAAUAAAAAUGCAACAGUUUGGCUAAAAAGGAACAGAAAAGUUGUGAAUCUACAUUUAAUGGGAGCAAAUGCACAAACGGAGUUGACUGUAAAUUCUGGGUUUGAGCUGGACUGAGGGGUAAACUUCAGUGGGCCUGGUCCGUUUGUGGUGGCGAGAAGCCCUGUGGCUGUGUUACACUCAGAGAUGAGUGUGGGAAGGGCUCACCAACACAGCUUCUUGUCCUGUGAAGAAGAAGGAGGACUCAGGCUGAGUACCAUGCCUGCUGUGGGCAGCUUUGGCAACGGCAAGAUCCACACGAGGCGCAAAUGCCACAGCCGCUUUGUCAGCAAGGCCGGUCAGUGCAACGUCCACUUCUCAAACAUGGACGAGAAGUCCAUGAGGUACAUAUCCGACAUUUUCACAACUUGCGUGGACAUCCGCUGGCGAUACAUGUUCCUGCUGUUCAGCCUGGCAUUUGUGGUGUCCUGGCUGUCGUUUGGGUUGGCCUUCUGGAUCAUUGGCCUUCUGCAUGGAGACAUGGACAGCCAAGGAAUGGACAGUGACAGUUUUGUUCCGUGUGUCAAGCAGGUCCACACUUUCGUGGCAGCUUUCCUCUUUUCUGUCGAGACCCAGACAACCAUAGGGUAUGGAGCACGCUAUGUGACAGAGGAAUGUCCAACAGCUGUCUUCAUGGUUGUCUUUCAGUCCAUUAUGGGCUGCAUCAUUGACGCCUUUAUGAUCGGCGCCAUCAUGGCCAAGAUGGCGAGACCUAAGAAGCGAGCUGAGACUCUGUUGUUCAGCCACAACGCGGUGAUCGCCAUGAGGGACGGGAAGCUGUGCCUCAUGUUCAGGGUUGCUAACCUGAGGAAGAGCCACAUUGUGGAGGCUCAUGUGCGGGCCCAGCUGGUAAAGCCCCGUUACACAGAAGAAGGUGAGUACAUCCCCAUGGAUCAGAUCGACAUGAAUGUGGGAUACGACAAAGGCACAGAUCGCCUGUUUCUGGUUGCACCCCUCACCAUCAUCCAUGAGAUUGACGAAGAGAGCCCAUUGUUUGGCAUCAGUAAGCAAGACCUGGAAACGUCUGACUUUGAGAUCGUGAUCAUCCUUGAAGGGCUGGUGGAGGCCACGGCCAUGACGACCCAAGCACGCAGCUCCUACCUGCCUUCUGAAAUCCUGUGGGGUCACCGCUUUGAGCCCGUCAUCUUUGAGGAGAGGAACCAGUACCGAGUGGAUUAUGCCUACUUUCACAAAACAUUUGAGGUACCCUCCACCCCCAGGAGCAGCGCCAAGGACAUGGAGGAGAGAAAGUUCCCCACAUCUGCCGCCAACUCCUUCUGCUAUGAGAACGAGCUGGCUUUCAUAGGCAGGGACGAGGAGGGAGAAGGAGGAGAGACGGAGCAGUCUGAGCUGACCACCUCUGAACGAAAUCAACCGUCCUCCCGACAGGAAUCUGCUAUUUGACUUUUAUCUGCUACAGACACAGGAGGGUGCCUGCAGCAGAUGGAAAAGACUAUCUCCAUCAUACUUGGACAAAAUCUAAACCUACACUGGACGUACACUUUUCUUCUCCUGACUUGGAUUUUGAGCUUUAUUAGACUAGAUUAUACUGCAGAUGAUCCUGGUUACAGCGCAUGACAACAAUGUGGUUUUAUACGAGUAUUUUGAAAAAAUUAAGGCUCCUGUAGAUACCCUCACUUAUGCAAUUUAUUAUUAAAAUACCUACCGUGAUUUCCCUCAAAGCAAAGGGGCAGAAUUUCCUCAAAGGCACAAAUAAAAUUAAACAGAAAUACAAAGACAAUUUUUGAGCACAGAAAAUGGUGUUAAACACUCAUUCACAAAGAAAAACUGAUGUGAUGUUGGAUUUUAAUUUAACCAAUAGGACCCUUUUCAUUCUGUUGUAUGUUUGAUUUUUCCAAGGAAAAAAACACAAAAAUAAAUUUGAUCACUAACAUCAAUUUGUUUUUUUGCAAAUAUAAAACAGAUUACUACAUCAAUGAAGGCAGAUUUCACCAAAAAGUUGGUUAAUGGUCUGUUUAACGUCUUUUUUAAAAACAGCUGUUUUUGUAAAUAAUUGUUCUCAUAUUUGUUCAAUGAAAUAGUUUGAAACACAGAAUUCCUGUUAGGCUAAAACUACAGCUAAUGUGUAUUUUAGAAGAGAUUUCCCUGCUAAGUGAGUGAUAAAUUACCUGGCAAUGGCCUGAAAGCAGCAUCACACCCUGAUGAUGUGAAGAUCAGUGUAAAAAAAUCUCUCAGAAAGGAUCUACAGUAUAAAGAUUAGCUCUCAGAUUCCUAAAUAAAAAUAGCAAAAUCACAUCUAGAUUCCAUUUUUGGUUCUUUUUUAAACACAGAUAAGGUUUCUCUUUACCUUGCUGACGUUUCGUUUGUGGCUGCAAACAUCCUCAGAGCUCACGCUGAUGGUGACGUCACUUCCUACUCCGUUUAUCCGCGGGCAGCAGAGGACGCUGUCGCCCCCUGCUGCCCGCUCUCCCCUCUCCGAUGAUGCAGUCCCAUGCGCGAUCCAAUAAGUAAACUCCAUCGUCUCUGUUCAUGGUCCCACAUCCACGUCUCCUUAUCUCAAUAGCUUCCUUUAUCGUUCGGUGUUUAUGAUCCAUCUAGAUUAUUUAAUAAAACCAGUCAUCAAGCUGCUUUAUGUAAUUUAUCUUUUCUUAAAGAACAGGUUCAAAUGGUUAAAUAUUAUUCAUUACUGCUGCCUUAAAUAAAAUAAUACGAAAUAAUUAACAUAUGCAAACAAUAAUUAAAUACACUUACUAACGAUUUAGGCCAAAUCAACAAAAUUUUAAGAGGAAUGUAAACAAAAGAAGCAACUUGUGCUUUAGAUCCUUCCUCUAAUGCAGUUGCACAUAUUUUCAAGAAAAUAUAUAUUUAUACAUUUCAUAUGGGUUUAAUAUAAAACAGCAUCAAGUAUUGUUUUUCUUGUAAAAGCUAGUAAGAAAUACCAAAAUGUAAAAAAUCAGCACAGAGCCAGCAGUUUAUAUUCACCGUAUUUUAAAGAAUGAACACACGGAUUAUGAAAAUGAGAGCAUGUAAGAAAUAAGAUAGAAAAUAAAACCCAGCCAAAAACAAUAAAACACCAGAAGGUUUUAUGAUAAAUGUAAAAAAUGCUUUAUUAGGAUAAAUGUGUCAGGUUGUGAAGAAAACAAAGGAGGCAGUUGUUCUUGGGGAAAGCAUCAGUGCAAGUGUGUGUUGCAUUUGUACGUUGAACUAAUUUAUUCUGGAAUUAUUCUGGAUUAGAGUUUAAAAACUUUAGCAUCUCAGGGUUUAGAGCAUCAACAUUCUCACAAUCGCCCUGAUUUUAAAUGAGAAGAAAACAUUUUUGCGAAAUUAAAGGGGUUCUAGAACAUUUACCUUGUUGUUGUUGAACAUAGGCAGCUUGGGUUGUCUAAUGUAGCAAACCAAACAUCCAUGUUGUCUCCAACCUGUUUUUUAUCUAAACUGGUAAUGUUGUAAUGGCCAUAGAGAAACAGUUUGUUCUGAGAAAAGCUGGUUCAAGCCCUGAGCUACUGCUAACGUUAGCCAGAGUUACUGCUAACAUCCUUGUUGGACAAGAGGAAAUAACACAGGAGAAUGCUAGAGCUAGCAUGUAACGUUCCAGGAUGUACGGGGAAUACCAAGCUUGCCUAUUGAGUAAGCCAAAUACUCUACACAGCUGUACACAAAGUAACUAGCUUCAGUCUUAGAGCCAUCAGGGUAAACUGGUCAAUCAGCAUGCAGCUCAUUUAUUAUUCAUGUAUCCUCCCAGUGGGCGGGGCAAACAAGUCUUAUUAUUAUUAUUAUUAUUAUUAUUAUUAUUAUUAUUAUUAUUAUGGGGUUGAGUUUUGCCAUUCCUCAGGGCUCCUGGGACAUUUUGCCAUAGAGGCUGAAACAGCAGUUUAUUUUGUAAUUAAACAACUCAUAUGUUAGGAAUUCAUCUCAACUUCCCAAACAUCAAAGAAAAACACAAAACUAAUCAAGAUUAUUAUAACCAAUUUCACUAUAACUCCUCCUGAACCAGACUAGUCAGGGUGUCGGUGAAGUACUCGCUCCAGCAUGACCUGUCUGACAUGGUCCCUCUUCUUCACCUUCCUGUCACAUCUCCGUUGUUAAAUCAAAUCUACCCAGUACACCAUAGUAAAAAGAUACCUAAAUCAAUAUCUGAUUGCUCAAAACCACUUUUUUUCAAAUUAUUUAUAACCCUUGAACGAUUCAAAAGGUUUUGGAAAUUGUACAGAGAGAUUUUAUUCCAGAUGAAACACGGAUCUGAAGAUCAAAACUCUCAUUGUUUAGAAAACCCGUCACGUCUACUUGGAAAUACGUCUACAUAAAUUGAACUUUACAAUAAAAACAAAAAAGGUCAAAUUUUGAGAAUUAAAAUCUGACUCAUAUAGACUUCGAGGUUCUGUGUAGUUUCACUCUGAUCCAGUAGUUGUUGCUAAAUGCUGAUUUGUUUGUGAGUCACACACCAGCUAAAGUCUUAAAUUCCAGGUUUAAUGAAAGCAAUGAGGUUUUGUCCCACGGGCGGGACACUGGAAUGCUAAGGGGUUAAACCACCCAAUGAAAGCACCUUAAGAUGGCUUUGGCUCUAAUACCGAACAUCUCACUGUUGUUUAAACGUUCCUGUACUUUUCCACCCUCCUGCUGUAGUAUGAAUGUGUUUUUCUCACUGACAAGUCCUACAGAUGUAGGUCAGAAUGUGUACUAAUGGUAUUUCUCUCCCAGCUGAGAUAAAUGACAUGUUCCUCCACGUUAGUCAAACUUAAAGCUCUAUGUGGGUUAACUUAGUACACCUGACGACCGUUUCAGCAGCGUUCAACGCGUUUGUUUUUAUUUUUUGCUGACCUGUGCUGAAAAGAACAGAACCAGCUCGCUCCAGAGGCCUAAACGAUGGUUCUGAUGAAAGCUCCUGUGGCUGAUGGGUCUCACGAUGUAAACUGGUUUGGAUUUUUACCCGAGUGAAGAAUUACCAAUCACCGUACUUUUUUCAACUUUACUGAAAUCAAACAGAGAUGUGUGACUCUGAUCUUUUCCUGCUGUCUUCCACCUGAUCCUGAUGCAUUUAAAGCCAUUCUAAAUCUAAUUUGCACCUUUUCUUUUUCCUUUGAGUUUGUUGUGUGAUGCAACAUUUUAAAUAAUACAAACAAACUAAAAAAAACCUGCUGAUGACUGCAAUAAAACAUGACAAAGCCAAAA